CGCGUCACCAAUGUUGGCCAUUCUUCAACCGGCGGCGCCGCCGGUGGCGGGCGGGUGGGCGGGGGCUUCUGCGCCAGCCGCCGCUCGUCAAUUUUUUCUCGAUUAGAAAACGGUAGUCCGGCGUGCGGACAGGGAAGGGAAACACCGGCCAGACGCGACUUUUUGGGGCCCGACGCGCGUGGACGGUUUCCUCCAUGGCGUCGCAUGGUAUCAGCAGUCGUUGCAGGAGGUGACUAGAAAAGGGAAAUUGUGAUGGAGAGAGAGAGAGGGAGGGAGCAAGGUCGCCAUACGCUGCCGCGCCGCGGGACGAGGGGAGGAGACCAGCGUGGAGCCAAAGCGGUGGAUCCUUCUGCGAAUAGCUUGGCUUAAGUUUCAGGACUUAGGAAAAGAUGCCAGCACCAGCCGCACCCAUUCGUCUGGGAGUUCCAACUCCCUAUAUAACAUCUCAUGGAUCCAAAGUUGCACGGCUACACAUGUAUGACUGGAUUGUGCUAGUUCUUCUAGCUGUAUUAGAUGGAGUUCUUAAUAUAAUAGAACCAUUCCAUCGAUUUGUUGGAUCAGAAAUGAUGACAGAUCUCAGAUACCCCAUGAAGGACAACACAGUGCCAUUUUGGGCUGUGCCGAUAAUUGGUAUCAUUGGACCUAUGCUUAUCAUCACUGCAAUAUAUUUCAAGAGGAGGAAUGUAUAUGAUCUGCAUCAUGCCAUACUAGGUCUCCUAUUUUCAGUUCUUAUCACUGCUGUUUUAACUGAUGCGAUCAAGGAUGGUGUUGGGCGACCACGUCCAGAUUUCUUUUGGCGCUGCUUCCCUGAUGGAAAACCUGAUUAUAACAACUUCACUACGGGCGCCAUAUGCCAUGGCAAGGCGAGUGUUAUCAAAGAAGGUCAUAAGAGCUUUCCAAGUGGUCAUACUUCAUGGUCUUUUGCUGGCCUUGGCUUCCUUUCAUGGUAUCUAGCUGGUAAAAUCAAAGUCUUUGAUCGUAAAGGGCAUGUUGCAAAACUCUGCAUUGUCCUUUCCCCUCUGCUUCUUGCAGCCUUAGUGGCAGUUUCUCGAGUUGAUGACUAUUGGCAUCAUUGGCAAGAUGUAUGUACCGGUGGAUUGCUUGGGCUGACGGUUGCUUCCAUUUGCUACCUGCAGUUUUUUCCACUACCAUCUGAUGAAAAUGGAUUGUGGCCUCAUGCAUAUUUCCGGCACAUUCUUGAACCGGAGGGUGAGAACCAAGUGCAACCCACGUCCAUGAGCCGCCGUAACUCCAUUCAUAAUGGUUCCUUUCACGGUCCUGAUGCUGUGGAAAUGAGGAGCACGAGCCAAGCACUGGAUUCCAUGGAAGCUGGCCGAAGACAACAAUGACGGGAUACUAACAUCAACUAGAACGAUUGUAUUAUAGUGCUUCGAAUAGCAUGUUUUUGUUCCCUAUUUCUGAUGUAACUUCCAGCCCACUGAAUAUAGAACACAUGUCUCAUGUGACGAUUGGGGACAGCAUAUUCUUCUGUCAUAUGAACACAACCAAAUCACUCGCCUUUUGGAACAUA